AUGCGAGAACUAUCUCGAGAUGAGAAAGAUAUGUACAUAAUGGGAAAACUUAAGAGUAAAAGUACCGGAAUCGACAGAAGUCAAAGAAAGCGGCAAAGAUAUAUAUACAAUUAUGAUGACAGAGAGGUGUGCAUAGAGGCAUUUUUAAUUAUGCAUGACAUCGGGGAAAAACACUUGAAGAAUUUAGCUAAACACAUGAAACUUAACGGCCCAGUUCCCAGGUGCCAUGGGAAUAGAGGUAAAAAACCAAAACAUGCCCUGUCAUUCCCGGACAAAUUAAAAAGAGUUGUUAAUUUCAUCGUGCGUUACAGUGAGGAAUAUGGAUUGCCCCUCCCUGCAGUCCCCCAUGCUAAUGAUGCUACACAAGCUCCAGUACUUUUAUCAGCCUCAUCAACUAAGAUUGAUAUUCACACUAGAUACAAGUCUGUCUGUGAAGAAAGCAAUGAGAGAUCUGAUGUUUGUCCCAAAUGUGAAUCUCUUCGGUGUCGUGUGGUGGGCGCUGUCUCGGAGGAGGAUAAACUGACUGCCCUCAAUGACUAUAAGCGACACAUUGAAGUUUCUCAAGAUUCCAGACAAGAGGGUCCAUUAUAUUUCACCUCACCGAGAAAGGUUCAGUUGUUUGGUGUUUGCAUGGAAGGGGUGGCAGAGCAGUAUAACUAUCUCAUAGACGAAAACUGUACAAUUGGCGUGGAUGGUUCACAAUCUCAUGGCCCUAACAGUGUUAUAUCCAUGCUACAUCAUGCAUUUCAGGAAUAUGGACUCGGGGAGAUGGCAUGUCAUAUACAUUGCGAUAACUGUGCAGGUCAGAACAAGAAUAGGUAUGUAAUGGCGUAUUUUUGUUGGCGCAUUCUGGUUGGACUACAUAGAGAAGUGACCAUUAGAUUUCAGAUUCCCGGCCAUACAAAAUGUCUAGUGGAUGCUGGAUUCUCCUACAUUAAGAAACUCUAUCGACGGACAGACAACGACUCCUUUUCCGAUCUGGUGAGAACAGUACAAAAGUCUUCCACAACCAAUCGAGUAGUCGUUGUUGACGAAAGGUUUUUGUGGCGGGAUUGGAAAACGUUUCUUGCAGAAGAUUUUUGUUCUCUAACGGGCAUUCGGAAAUACCACUACUUCCGUUUCAGUGCCAUGAAUCCAGGUGUUGUAUUUGUCAAGGAAACCUCUGUAGAUGACGAGAAACCCUUCAUAAUGUCUCGUAACCCAACUCCUGAGUUAUCCUGUAGAAUACUCCCGCAAGUUAUUGCCAAGGGUUAG